CCCCUCUCCUCCUCUCCUCACACGCCUUCAAGCACCUCGCUCCACCACACCUACCCAACCCCCACCCCACCCACUCCACCCUCUCUUCAUCAUGUCUUCUGGCGGCAAGUCUGGCGGCAAGGCUGGCGGCGACGCGUCGUCCAAGGCCCAGUCGCGCUCGGCCAAGGCCGGUCUCCAGUUCCCGGUUGGUCGUAUCCACCGUCUGCUCCGCCGCGGCAACUACGCCCAGCGCGUUGGUGCCGGUGCUCCCGUCUACCUCGCCGCCGUCCUCGAGUACCUCGCGGCCGAGAUCCUCGAGCUUGCCGGCAACGCCGCUCGCGACAACAAGAAGUCGCGCAUCAUCCCGCGUCACCUCCAGCUCGCCAUCCGCAACGACGAGGAGCUCAACCGCCUCCUCGGACACGUCGUCAUCUCGCAGGGCGGUGUCCUCCCCAACAUCCACUCGGAGCUCCUGCCCUCCAAGACCGCCGUCACCAAGGGUGGCAAGGCGAGCCAGGACUUGUAAAGUCGCUGCUCGAGCGUCGGAGGUGGCGGUGGUUGUGCGCGGUGUUCGAUUUUCCGUCCCUUGUUGUGCCCCUUUCUACCCCAGGCUGCAAUGCGCCCUUUCUUCC